AUGAUUGAUCAAAGUAUGUUAGAAGUAAUACCAAAUCAUUUACAGAAUCUUUCAACUAUUGAUAAUGCAUUAACUGAAAAAAUAUUUAGAACUGCAUAUUUUAUUGCCAAAAAUCAAAGACCAUAUACCGAUAUGUCCAAACUUGUAGACCUCUAUGUAAAUAAUGGUUUGGAAAUGGGUCGCAUUUUGCAUACUGACAAGGCUUGUAGUAACAUAAUAGACCUUAUAUCUUUAGAAAUGCGGAAAAAAAUUUGCAAAGAUAUAGUAGAGAACGGAAAAAAAUUAUGUAUAAUUGUGGAUGAAUCUACUACAGUCAGCAACAAAACUAUGCUGCCUCUAAUAGAUGAAUUAAAUUUUUUACAAGAAACUGGUAUUGAUUUAAGUACACCAGAUUAUAAAGGUAAAUUAUAUUUUGAGUUGGGGCUUAUUUUAGGUGACAACUUAGGAUUGCAUUCCAUCACAGGUUUUACUGAGAGCUUCUCCUCAAACUUUCCGUGUAGAAUGUGUACAAUGAGAAAAGAACAUAUGUGGGUUCAAUGUUAUGAAGAUCAGAGUUUAUUAAGACAUACUGAACAGUAUUAUGCUCAAUUAUUACAGAAUGAUGUGUCUGCUACUGGUGUAAAAGAAGAGUAUGUCAUGCAUGACAUGCUGGAAGGGUGUUCUAAGUAUAUUAUGAGUUUUAUUUUAAAAUACUAUAUUAAGGAAUUAAAGCUUUUUACGCUACAAGUAUUGUAUGACAGACUAUUUUGCUUUGACUAUGGACCUGAAAACAAUAAGCCGUGUGCACUAACUGAAGAUUAUAUUAAACAAGGAAAUAUUAGACAAUCUGCAUCCGAAAUAUUGACAUUAAUUAGGUACUUUGGGUUACUAUUUGGUGAUUUUGUACCCUCAGAAGAACCAGUUUGGGGUCUAAAUAUUGCUAUGCGGAGGGUUAUGGAUGUUAUAUUAUCAACAUCACUUGAAUUAGACAGUUGUUCAAUGCUUCAGACCUUAGUUGCUGAAAUGAAUGAUAUUUAUUUAAAGUAUAGUAAAAACCGUUUAAAAGCAAAAUUUCAUUUUUUAACACACUAUCACUCUUUUAUUAAAAAAUAUGGACCCGUAAUUCACCUAUGGUCUAUGAGAUAUAAAGCAAAACAUAAAGUAUCAACAAUUUCGGCCAGGUCUUCAUUCAAUAGGCAUAAUAUUUGCAAGACUUUGGCAGUCAAACACCAACUUAAGUUGAAUGAAACAUUUAUGAAUGGUAAAUUAUGUAAUAAAAUAAAAUUAGGACCUCAAACAGAAUUGGACUCUAUAAAACAGCAUCAAAUUCAAAAUAAACUAAAUCUGAAUAUAGAGGAAUCAUUAUUUCGAGUAAAUUGGGCUGAAGUGGGAGGAACUCGUUACAAACCUAAAACUAUAUUAACAUUAGACAUUUUAAAUGAUAAUAAUCCUCAAUUUGCGAUUGUAAACAAUGUUUUUCUUUAUGCGCAAGACAGGGUAAUUUUUGAGUGCAACAUUUUAACAACAAUCGGCUUUGAUGAACAUUAUUACUGUUAUGAAAUAACAUUACCAGAAACCAAUAAUAUUCAUUAUGUAUUUCAAGAUUCACUCCUUUCUCAUGUAACAAAUACUUUAAAUAUUGUAUCAAAUGGAACAAAAUAUAUAACUGUAAGAAGUCCUUUUUAA